UGAAUAUAUUCUCCUCAAACCCCAAACUUAUAUGAAUAAUUCGGGAGAAUGCAUUGCGGCCUUUUUGAACUACUUUCGUAUCCCUUUGGAUGACUUGCUGGUAAUUUAUGAUGAGAUUGCUUUGCCCUGGGGGAAAUUUCGUUAUCGUGGCCAAGGUUCGUCAGGCGGACACAAUGGAAUGAAAAAUAUUAUUAAAUUAUUAGGAAGUAAGGAUUUUAAAAGGUUGCGAGUUGGCAUUGGCUAUGACCGAAAUUUCCUGAUUAGAGAUUGGGUUUUACGGAACUUUUCCCAAUCGGAAAGAGAAGAAAUAAGGAAAAUAAUGCCUAAUUUACUUGAUGGUUUGUUGGAAUGA